CACGUGCUUCGCUGAAUUCGUGUUUUUGAGCCGGUGUAUUUCCAUUUUUCGAGUAAUUUCCGUCAAAGGUGGUAUUGAAUAAAGAUGCAAGAGUUUUAGCACUGAUUAUAGAUACCAUACGCAAAGUUUACGAUGAAGAGUACUUUGCAACAAUUCGUCCAGAGUGUGUUAUUGAAAAGUUACAAAGUCAAUCACACGAAUAGGUUAUCAUUUGCGACGGCUUAUAACUCAGACAAAAAAUCGAAAAACCGAAAGAUAGAUUCCGGAAAUACGAAUGAUGAAAAAAAGGACCAGCGAGACAGGAAACCCUUACAUCCGUAUAAAAAAAUUCACCCUUGGACAUCAAUCGAAAACUUUUCCCAAGACUUAAUUGACAAUGUCAUUUACAACAAAAAUGGUGUCGUUGUUCUGAAUAAACCAUAUGGGAUUUCCAACUUUCCGCGAGAAGUAACAGGCGAAAAGGCGAAAUGGGAGCCUUCGGUUGGCAUAUCCAAUUCUGUCGACUAUUCGUUGUUAGAUGUUCUUCCGAAAAUAUCUAAAGACCUUGGAUAUCCAUCACUUAGUAUUGUGAAAUCCCCUGAGAGGUAUAUCAGUGGCAUUUCAAUCUUAGCAAGCGAUGAAAACAAAGCUAAUGCAAUAAAGAAGGCCUUGUCUCGUGCUCAAUGUGCUAAAACGUUUGCAAAAAGUUAUUGGAUUGUCACGACUAAGCCACCUAGAAGCGAUAGUGGGGAAUUUAAUCUUGCCAUCAGAAAGAAGGAGAGCCCAUGUAAAACUUACAAGCAGCCAAUUAUUGUGACCAAAUGGGGGGAAAAUGAAGUGAAGAGAAGAGAAGUGAAAACGUUUGAUGUUUGCUAUCGCACAAUCUCAGUCUCGGAUGGGAAUUUGUCCGCCUUGAUGGAAAUUCAAUGUUUUACCACAAAAUGGCACGCCAUAAGGGUGUUUGCUUCGACUCUUUUGGUCAGCCCCAUUUUAGGCGAUAACAUUCAUGGUUCUCGAGUGAAAAAAAUAAUGGGAUCUUAUAUGCAUAUAAGUCCUUUUGUUGAUGCGUCAAGGCAAAUUCCGAUAUUGCAGCCAGAGCUUCUAAAAAAGUUGCAUUUGCAACAGUCGCAAGCAGUCAUAAUACCUGCGCACAUUCACUUGAGAGAAAUUACAUUAAUGUCAUUUCCAUCUCGUGGGCAGGAUCUGAAGCUUGUAGCUCCGUUGCCACCUAGUUUUCAAUGGACUUGCGACCAGCUGCAAUUCAAAAUUCCAACUGAAAACGAGGAAGUUCCUGACGAAACGUCCGUUGCUGUCUCGCAGUAAAAGUCCAUAUAUUAAAUAAGGUUGUAUCAAUGUUUUAGACUUUUUUAAAACUUUUCUUCCGAUUUCAUGGCUUUCAACUUGAUAAAUACGUUUGCAAAUAACUUUCCAAUGAUAACUGCAUCUUUAUUAUGAAGUAAUAAGAAAUUUCCUAGCGGAAAGUCUGCAAUACAUCGAAUUUAUUGAGGAUUGUAGUUACUGCUUUUUGUUUAUACAUAUGAGGACAGUAUUCAAGAUUGAUACAGAGUUCCACCCAUGGUACAACUAAUUGUGAUUAAAUUCACAAAGUGCAGGUGACUCAAUUUACCGAUUAUCUGUGGUUGAUUUUGUAGAUAGGCGUCAGUGGUAGAAGAAAAAUAUACAUAAAAAUGAUUACAUCUGUAAAGUAUUGAGAAUUUAUUUAUUGCAAGGACUAAAUUUUGACAGCGAUGAUUCUAAUUCUAUCAGAUAAUCAAUUCUUUGUUUUAUUCAGUGACUAAGGACAUGUCU